AUGGAGAAGACCAACUGGACAGAGAUUGAGUUCAUUCUGCAGGGACUUUCUGAGUAUCCAAGAGCUGAAAAACUCCUUUUUGUGAUGUGCUUGAUAAUGUACCUGGUAAUCCUCCUGGGAAAUAGCACCUUGAUCACUCUAACUCUCCUGGACUCCCAUCUCCACACACCCAUGUACUUCUUCCUUGGUAAUCUUUCCUUCCUAGACAUUUGGUACACAACCUCCUUUAUCCCCUCAAUGCUGGUACACUUCCUAUCAGAGAAUAAAACCAUCUCCUUCACUAGAUGCGUUGUCCAAAUGUCUGUCUCUUACACUAUGGGAUCCACGGAGUGUGUGCUCCUGACAGUGAUGGCAUAUGACCGUUACGUGGCAAUCUGCAACCCUCUGAGGUACCCCAUCAUCAUGAGCAAGGCACUUUGUAUUCAGAUGGCAGCUCUCUCCUGGGGAUUGGGCUUUCUCAACUCAUUAACAGAAACUGUUCUUGCGAUACGGUUGCCUUUCUGUGGAAAAAAUGUCAUUAAUCAUUUUGUUUGUGAAAUACUGGCCUUUGUCAAGCUGGCUUGUACAGACAUUUCCUUGAAUGAAAUUAUUAUAAUGUUGGGCAAUGUGAUAUUUUUGUUUUUUCCAUUACUGCUGAUUUGUAUCUCCUACGUUUUCAUCCUUUCGACUGUACUAAGAAUCAAUUCAGCUGAAGGAAGAAAAAAGGCCUUUUCCACCUGCUCAGCCCACAUGACAGUGGUGAUUGUGUUUUAUGGGACAAUCCUCUUCAUGUACAUGAAGCCAAAGUCCAAAGAUUCUGCUUUUGACAAGCUGAUUGCUCUGUUCUAUGGCAUAGUCACCCCCAUGCUCAAUCCCAUCAUUUACAGCCUGAGGAAUACUGAGGUGCAUGGAGCCAUGAGAAAGCUGAGUAGACACUGGUGCUGGAGGAAAUAA